GGGAGGGGAAGGUUGAGAGACGCCCUCACCGGAGGCUUGGUGUUCCCAGUCCGCGGUGGAAAGGGUAGAGGGGGGUGUGCGGGUGCACUUGUGUAGGGCGGAUACGUUGCAAUGCCAGCACCUGGUUUAAAGCUGCUGCGAGGCCUGAUAUGAAGGGACGGAUUUUAAAAACAAAAGGAAAUAGCCAGUGGUGUAGUUUUGUCACAGCAGGAGGCAGCCCCUAAGUAACCCUGGCUGAUCUUAAGAAAAACUGAGUACGGCUGGACCUAGUUACUGUUUGGAUGGAGCUGGAAAGAUAAACAUGAAGUAUAUCAGUAGCCGUGGAGGAGCAGGAAGCUUUGAUUUUGAACAUGCUCUCUUCUCUGGGUAUGCAGUGGAUGGGGGCCUUUUCAUGCCUGAAAAAAUCCCAGUCCUGGACCAUCCCAGACUUCGGACAUGGAGCACCUUUUCUUACUUGGAGCUGGUGAAGGAACUGUGUUCGGUUUUCAUCUCACCUGAACUCAUUCCAAAGGCAGAGCUGAACGACCUGAUUGAUAGAGCAUUUAUCAGGUUCAGACACAAAGAUGUUGUUCAUUUGUCAAGACUAAAAAAUGGCUUGAAUAUUUUGGAGCUUUGGCAUGGUGCAACAUAUGCAUUUAAGGAUCUGUCAUUGUCCUGCAUGGGGCAAUUCUUACAAUACUUUCUAAAGAAAAAGAAGAAACAUGUCACAAUUCUAGUGGGGACUUCAGGAGAUACCGGCAGCUCAGCUAUUGAAAGUGUCCGGGGUGAAAAGAAUGUAGAUAUAUUUGUUCUGCUACCAUACGGCCUUUGCAGCCAAGUGCAAGAACGACAGAUGACAACAGUGAUUGAGAAAAAUGUCCAUGUAUUUCUUACGGAAGGAAAUAGUGAUGAAAUCGAUGAACCCAUCAAAGAAUUGUUUGCUGAUGAAGAUUUUUCAAGAAAACACAAUCUCAUAAGUUUGAAUUCAAUUAAUUGGUGUAGGGUUCUGGUGCAGAUCGCUCAUUAUUUCUAUGCUUAUUUCCAAUGUGCACCAACCGUGGAGGCUGUUCCGCUGCCAACUGUGGAAAUUGUUGUUCCAACUGGGGGAGCAGGAAAUCUCACCGCUGGGUGUAUUGCACAGAAAAUGGGAUUGCCCAUUGAACUGGCAGCUGUGGUAAACGACAACGAUAUUGUACACAGAACUAUUCAGCAAGGUGAUUUUUCUGUGUCCAGGAGUGUGAAAAAAACACUGGCGUCAGCAAUGGAUAUUCAGGUACCUUACAAUAUGGAGAGGAUUUUUUGGCUAUUUUCUGGAUCAGAUAGUAAUUUGGUCAAAAGUCUGAUGGAAGAAUUUUAUACUACUAAGAAAGUAAAACUCCCUUCAGAGUUGCAAAAUAAGCUCUUUGAAGGUGUGAGAUCUUGCAAAAUUUCAGAUGAAGAAAUUAUUCAAACCAUGAAACACUGCUGGGAGGACAACCAUUACCUUUUGUGUCCCCAUACGGCUGUUGCUGUUUCCUACCAUUACAAGUAUGCCAGCUGCCGUCCAAAUAUCUGGAGAUGCUGCUUAGCUCCUGCCUCUCCUAUCAAGUUUGAAGAUGCGAUUUGCAAAGCUAAUCUCUCUCUGGAAGUCUCAGCUGAGAUCAGCAAGCUGAAAGAUAUGGAGACCAGGUCUUGUACUCUGAAGAGAGGGGAAGACUGGGUUAAAAUACUGCGGCGGCGUAUAGAAGAAGGUACCAAGCAAAGAUACAGCAACCAGAGUUGAACUUGCGGGAAGAAUAACUGUAUGCAGAAGCUCCACGAUAGUGGUGGUGUUGCUGCUGCUUUUGCUGAUUAAUGAAAAAUAGUUUUGUUACAAUAAACCUAUGCAAAAUUGCUAACAGUGAUAUUAGACUUUAAUCCUACAGAAGAAAAAAAGGAAAGUGAGCUGCGAGGUAGGCUUACACUAAUAAUAUUGACAUCCUUUACCAGAAAGAUCUAACUUUUCUAAAUUCUAUUGACUUUGGAGACUUUCGCCUGUUCCAUCUUGGCAUCCAAGAGAGCAUUUUGUGGGUGACCUGCAAAUGUUUAUAUACAUAUAAUUUACCCUUGCAGUAUACCCUUUGAGGCUGAAUAUGCCCAGUUUUCACAAUAACAUACUGCACUAAUUUUGUAUUUAUGGGACAUGCUGGUGAGGUCCCCAAUCUUUUCCUUUAUAUUAUCGUUGAAACUUUGAUGACUGUCAUAUUAGUCAGGUAUCAACAAUGCAGUGUUGACAGAGAUCGUGACAAAUGUGUACCAAUCCCUAGGUUAAAUAAAACCAUAUUUCUAAUUUAGAAUUAUCAGUUGGUAUUCAGGUGCAAUCCAAAUCACCUAUCAAGCCCUUCAUGGCAUGGGGCCUGAUUAUUUGGGGGACUGCCUGUUUCUAGUUGUCUAAUACAGUCAGGCAGAGUGGGCAUGCUCUGGGUCUCAUUGGACUUUCUUUGGUUUUAUGUUGUUUCUGUGGCCAUUCAUGAUAGUUGUGUUUUGUAUUUUUUUAAAAUUUGCAAUUGUAAGCUGCCCUGAUUUGUUGGGAGUCAAGCAGUCUAUAAAUUGGAGAGAGUAUAGAGGAUGACCUUGACAAACAGAGGGAAGAUCGUUUGCCAAGGCACUGAUCAGAUGAAUGUGGAUUGAGCCCAUAAAGUAGUUUAUGAAAACAUCUCAGACAGCUUCCCUCCCUCCAAUUCACAUGAAGAUAAAAGAGGGAGGAGGGGAAGCACAUACU